AUGACGAGAUGUCUGCGGAUAUUCAGUGCGUAUUCAUUCAGGCUGAGCAGAAAACAUUCAACUUUGCUCCUUAUUGCCUUCUUCAUAGUGACUGUAAUGGUGAUACUCCAGCUCUAUUCGUACAAGCACCCCGGGCACCGUCAUACAAGGCUGCAUUUCGGUGAUUUUGACUACAGACCAGGCGCUUUCCUGAAAGGCAAGCAGCCUAAUGAAAAUAACACUUAUUGCGAGUUUCGUUACGGUCUACCUGAGACACUGAAAUGGGGAAGCUUCCAUGUACAAUCCACUCCUGAACUUGGUAACUCGAGUCCCUACAAUGUCAUCUACAAUGCUGUAACAGGAACAGCCUUCGCAAAUCAUAGUAAAUUUGACGCUGUGACCUAUGCCACGCAGUCGACACCAGAAUUUAUGUUCCAUGUUGUUGAAAUCGCGAAACAUUGGGAUGGACCUAUAAGUCUAUCCGUUUUUGUUCCAGACUAUGAUUUAGAUUUAACAAUACAAAUAAUGAGUCAGCUAUGUCACUGCUAUUCUGGAAUGUCAAAAGUGUCACUGCAUCUGUUUUAUCCAAAGAAACACCCGCCAAAGAUAAGGACGUUAGAAGAAAUGAUGGUAACGACGACGAUUGCAACAGUUCCCACAAUGAACGGUACUGUAGAAGAAAUGUUGAAAGCAAAAGUUGAGAAAUACAGGAAAUUGAAUAAUGAAACGAGAGCGAAAUAUAUACAGUGGGUGCGAAAGAAUAAGAUAGCUAGGAUGAUGGUGCGUAUACCUUUGAAACGGAAUUCGGUACAAAAUUUGAAAUUCAUCGAUUGCUCCGGCAUGGAGACGUCGAGUAUAGAUACGUUUAGAAAGGAGCACAAUAUGAUUUACCCGAUAAACGUCGGGAGGAACGUUGCCCGGAAUGCUUCGAGAACGAACUACUUUAUUGUUUCUGAUAUAGAAAUGGUGCCGAGCGGUGGCUUAGCGCCUAAAUUCCUCACAAUGGUGAGGAAACUUAUGGGCGAUAAGAAACGCGACGAAGGCUGUAUAUUCGCUAAGACGGUCUUUGUAGUGCCCUUAUUCGAAGUGGAGAGAGGGGAGGAAAUCCCCCACGACAAAGACACGUAA